AGCUCCCGCCCCGCGCACUGCAAGUCUCGCCUCGCUCAGCCUUCACCAUGCGUCCCGGGGUGCGGGGGCCGCUGUGGCCACUGCCCUGGGGGGCCUUGGCCUGGGCCCUGAGCUUCAUAGGUGCUGUAGGCUCGGAGAACCCCGCGCCUGCCGCACCCCAGUCUGGCGGAGGGGAGAGCGAGCCCCCUCCCCGAAGGCCGAGUCCCCGGGGAGAUGGUGGGGUGUGCUGGCUCCAGCAGGGCCCUGAGGCCACCUGUAGCCUGGUGCUGAGGACAGACGUGAGCCAGGCUGAGUGUUGUGCCUCGGGCAACAUUGACACCGCCUGGUCCAACUACACCCAACCCGAAAACAAGAUCAACCUCCUGGGCUUCCUGGGCCUUGUCCACUGUCUGCCAUGCAAAGAUUCCUGCGACGGCGUGGAGUGUGGCCCUGGCAAGGCGUGCCAUAUGCUGGGGGGUCGCCCCCGCUGCGAGUGCGCACCCGACUGCGCAGGGCUACCGGAGCGAAUGCAGGUCUGCGGCUCGGACGGCGCCACCUACCGCGACGAGUGCGAGCUGCGCUCCGCGCGCUGCCGCGGACACCCGGACCUGCGCGUCAUGUACCGCGGCGGCUGCCAGAAGUCCUGCGAGCACGUGGAGUGCCCGCGGCCGCAGUCGUGCCUCGUGGACCAGACGGGCAGCGCGCACUGCGUGGUUUGUCGCGCAGCGCCCUGUCCCGUGCCCUCUAGCCCGGGCCAGGAGCUCUGCGGCAACAACAACGUCACCUACAUCUCCUCGUGCCACCUGCGCCAGGCCACCUGCUUCCUGGGCCGUUCGAUCGGCGUGCGCCACCCGGGCAGCUGCAGAGGCGCUCCCAGGCAGGAGGCAGAGGAGGAGCAGCAGCAGGAUGAGGCCGAGUCUGAGGAAGAGGAAGAGAACUUCGUGUGAGCUUCAGGGGCCCCGGCCUCGAGUCCCGGUUAAUUUAUUACCACAGCCACAAAAUCUAAUUUAUGACCCACAGACGCCCCCAACCUGGCCUGGAACCACUCGGGGACCCCGCAGUGCCCUGAUGAUGUCUUGGAAAGGUUGAGGGAAGGAGGCCUGGGACGGCCCGGAGGGUGUGGCACCCUGGGUAGGAGCCUUAGGGUAGGGGACUUUUCCCAAAGCCCACAGACCCUGAUGCCAAGGGACACCCCAGCUUCUGGUCCUUUGAGGGUGGCUGUCACUUAGCACUGCCACCCAGAGCACAGGAAAGCUCUUUCCGUCCCCUGCCUCUGUGUCCCUCUUAUGUGCUGGGGAGGCCUUGUGUGUCCCCUGGGACGGCCACAGCGCUGGCUCAGCCACCACACUGCUGACAUUCACGUGGUUCACCUGGGAACAUCCUGUGGCCUCAGAUACUGGGCAACCAGCGUCUGCUCAGACGCCAGCACUGUGUCCAGCGGCAUCCAGUCUACUUGGGGCAGGACCUAGAGGGCGCUGUGACCCCACCUCACCCAUAGGCCAGGGUAGGGUGGGGACACCGGGAGCCCAAGUGGUGCCUGUGCCCACUGCCGUGUACAGCAUGGCCAGCGAGCCUUAGACGCAGUUCCCAGCAGCCCUCCUCACCCACCAGUCGGCUGGGCAGGGUGACCCUUCCCAGGCAGAUGCCCUUGGGGGGGCAGUCCCCCAAGACUGCCUGCCCUCCACUCAGACUGUUAUUCAAAGUCACCAACUGUGCCUUCAUGGAGUCCAAAGGCUCAGACCGGAUAUGGGACCACUCAGCAGGAAGGGAGCCCAGCUCCUCAAAUCCCGGGCGAGCAGUUUGGGGGAAUCUUGCCCCUCCUGCGCAGUCCCUGGGCUUGCCUUAUUGUGCUGCCCAGAAAAGGGUGUGUGUGUGGGGGGUCCCCUGACAAGGCAACUUCCUCCCUCCUGGGGUCCUGCCUCACCAAAAUAAUAAAAUCUGAAAAAGCCA